UUCAGAAUGGCAGUGGCAAGUGACAUGCGAGCUGGGGAUCCAGAGGAGGAUGCUUCUCAACUUGUUUUUCCUAAAGAGUUUGAAAAUGCAGAGACCUUACUGAAUUCAGUGGUUCACAUGCUGUUAGAGCAUUGGAAACAGCAGAAUGAGAGUGCAGAAGAUGAGCAAGAGCUCUCUGAAGUCUUCAUGAAAACUGUGAACUACACUGCCCAUUUCAGCUGCUUCAAGAACAGAGAAACCAUUGCAAGUGUCAGAUGUUUGUUGCUGCAGAACAAGUUACAGAUGUUUGAACUGGCCAGCUUGGCUAAUGUAUGCCCAGAAACUGCAGAGGAAGGCAAAGCCCUCAUUCCCAGCCUUGAAGGCAGGUUUGAAGAUGAAGAACUUCAGCAGAUAUUGGAUGACAUUCAGACAAAGAGAAGCUUCCAGUAUUAAGGAUGACCUGCUGGCUUUCUCUUGUUUUAGAUUUCUAUUCCAGAUUAAA